GCAGUGGAGAGAGAAGAAGAAGAGAGAGAAAAGGAAAUCCAAUCUAAGGGGGGCAAAGGCUUCGACUUGGAAUGGUUAAAUCCGAAUCUGACAUUUACCACUACCCUGAAAGAGAUCGUUUGAUGCUCUGAUUUAUAUCAUUUCCUGGAACAGAUGGACGCUACUGAUGCAGAUGGCGCGGCUGCUCCUCCGCCGCCGCCGCUCGACUGGAAAUUCUCCCAGGUCUUCGGCGAACGGACAGCCGGUGAAGAGGUUCAAGAAGCUAUAUCUUGUAAGCAGGAUAUGCAUGUAUGUAAAAGUGGAAUGAAGCUUGGAUUUUAUUAACUCUGUGAUUAUAUUAGUGGUUGAUAUCAUUUCAGCUAUUGAAUUUGAUAAGACUGGCAACCAUCUUGCUACGGGUGAUCGUGGGGGUAGAGUUGUAUUGUUUGAAAGAGCUGAUAAAAAGGAUCAUGGUGGAAGCAGAAGAGGUUUGGAAAUGAUGGAUUAUUCAGUUAGUAGACAUCCAGAAUUCCGCUACAAAACAGAGUUUCAGAGUCAUGAACCAGAGUUUGAUUAUCUCAAGAGUUUGGAGAUAGAAGAGAAAAUCAACAAAAUUCGAUGGUGCCAGACAGCUAAUGGUUCAAUAUUUAUGCUAUCUACCAAUGAUAAAACCAUUAAGUUGUGGAAGGUUCUAGAAAAGAAGGUUAAGAAAAUCUCUGAAAUGAAUAUAGAUCCUUCAAAAACUGCUGGAAAUGGUAGCAUUGGUUCGAGCAUCUCUUCUGGCCUUAAACCAUUGCCUGUAAAUGGUAGUCACCCUGACAAAUGCUUCAAUAGUCUGACCAGUGACUUCACAUUCCCACCAGGCGGAAUUUCAUCUCUACGUUUUCCAGUGGUAACAAGUCAUGACACCAGCCUCGUUGCAAGAUGUAGAAGGGUAUAUGCUCAUGCACAUGAUUACCACAUCAAUUCUAUUUCAAAUAAUAGUGACGGUGAAACAUUUAUAUCGGCUGAUGACCUGCGGGUAAACCUUUGGAACUUGGAAAUUAGCAAUCAAAGCUUCAAUAUUGUUGAUGUGAAGCCUUCAAAUAUGGAGGACCUAACUGAGGUGAUAACAUCAGCAGAAUUUCAUCCCACACAUUGUAAUAUGUUGGCAUAUAGUAGUUCAAAAGGAUCGAUUCGCCUUAUUGAUUUGCGUCAAUCAGCUCUAUGUGAUACCCACUCUAAGUUAUUUGAGGAACAAGAGGCACCUGGUUCAAGGUCUUUUUUCACUGAAAUAAUAGCAUCAAUUUCAGAUAUAAAAUUUGGAAAGGAAGGCAGGUACAUCCUGAGUCGUGAUUAUAUGACACUUAAGUUGUGGGACAUUAAUAUGGAUUCGGGUCCAGUGACAACAUUUCAGGUUCACGAGCAUCUUAGACCCAGGCUUUGUGAUCUUUAUGACAAUGACUCCAUCUUUGAUAAAUUUGAAUGUUGCUUGAGUGGAGAUGGUCUCCGUGUGGCAUCGGGUUCCUACAGCAAUCUUUUCCGAGUGUUUGGAUCUUCUACUGGAAGCACAGAAGCAACUUCAUUGGAGGCUAGCAAAAAUCCCAUGAGGAAUCAAACUCAGAUUCCAUCUAGGCCAUCCCGAUCCAUUAGUAGUUUGACACGAGUUGUCAGACGAGAGAACCAAGGAGUGGAUGCAAAUGGGAAUGCUUUUGAUUUCACUACAAAAUUGCUCCACUUAGCCUGGCAUCCAACAGAAAAUUCAAUUGCUUGUGCGGCAGCUAACAGCCUAUACAUGUAUUAUGCAUGAAGGAAGAUGUAUACUUUAAAGCCAAACUAAUUGUCAUCAGAGGAGGACACACCAUAUCUGGCCCCAUCAAUAGAGGAGAUGCGGAAAAAAGAAAAAGGGGUUAGCACAAACUUCAAUGAGCUGCUGAAUGAGUUCUUCGUCCUCCUUUCUAUAUCCCCAUGGCAGAUUGGCGCUCCAACGUGAAGAGAUCUGAUCUGCUUUCUAUUUAUUUAAUUUUAGUGAUUUAAUUUUCUGACUUUCAUUCUUAAUGGAUCGAACAUGCAGCAGAUGCCAUAGUGGGGGGCAGGGUGAAAAGGGUAUGGUUUUUAGGUCUCAAUAUCAUAUGACAGACAAAAACACUUUUCAUGGGAUGUGCAUUGAUCAUGUUGUUGUGACUAGCACAAAGAUUGUUGGGACAAAAUGUACUCUUAAACAUCUUAUUCUUUUACA